AUGAGCAAUAUCAGUGAAGAUGAGGAUGAGGAAAACCCAGAAACUUGUCCAAUUGAAAUUUCGCGGGGUAACAAGGAAGAUUUUAUCAGUAUGAUUGAUGAAACUGGUCAGAUGGCUGGAUGGAUGAGGAAAUUUCGUGAUUAUGAUUGCUAUCAAAAGAUGCAGGGUGCUCAUUUCCAAAUGCAUCAUUAUGUUGCAAAAACCAAAAGAGACCAAUAUGUUGGGUCGUGUAUCUGUAUCGAACUUGACAACUAUGCAUUUCUCUCAAUUUAUUAUGUGUCCGCAGAUUUUCGUCAGCUUACAGUUGGAAAAGAUUUAUUGGAAAAAGUUUUUGAGGACAAAUUAAAGCUAAAAAAUAUUGGCGUUUACACUGCUCAAUCAAACACAUUAUCCUAUGCACCGGUGCUGAAAUUCAACAAAUUAGCUGACUGGCAUAUCAGAUAUGUUACGCUUACAAAUGUGGACAUUAGCAGAAUAACAGUAAAUAACGAUGGUUUGACGAUUAAAAGUGUACGGGAUAUACCGUUGACUGACCUGAUUAAUUAUGAUAAAAGGAUAACCAAAUGUGAUAGGUAUGAUUUUCUGAAACACUGGAUAUACGAACGAUUUGACUGUGUUGCAAAGGUAGCUUUGGAUGCUACAAAUGCAAUUGUUGGCUAUGGUAGUGCACGUCUUUUGUCAAUUGCAACAUAUCCAGCAUUUUCGCCAAUCUACUGUGAUAAUGAGCAAGUAUUUUUGAAGCUUAUCACAGAAAUUUUGGGUUGUUUUCCGGAAGAAAUGGCGGAGAAGAAACAGGUCGGUAUUUGGGUACCAUCGACAAACAUCCCUAAACUGAAGGCAAUUACUGCUGGUAUAUGCAGUUUUGAAGAAGGUGAAGAAUAUAUUGCCAAAUUUACACAGUCAGUUCCAACGGUUGACAUACAGUAUAUUUACGGUAUAGCGGAAACUAUGAUGUUUGUUUGA